CACGAGCAACUGCAACUCUCUGGUGCCAACUUCCUUACUGAACGUCUCGUCUCUUCAAGAAACCACAACAUCUCCGUCGGUCUUUUCUUGCCGGCCAGCUUCAAUUAUUGGAAAUGCCAAGGAGAAGAAGAAAUCGGGGCAAUCGUAGGAAUAAUGCGAGAAGGAAUCAGCAAGGGCAGGGAAGGAACGGCGACGAAAUUAAUGUAGAUGGAAUUGAGCAAAUAUCUGAAGAAGGGAAUAAUUCGUCUCAGCCGUCAGUCAAUGUAGAACACGGUAGCGAAGGGGGGACAGGUGAAAGCAGUGGUAGUUACUCAGUCACUGGCACCCUUAGACUGCCCCCAGAAGAUGGUAUUAUAGGGACUGCCGCUAAUCCUUGUCAUGUCAUAAGAGUAAGGGAAGGAUUUGAAUAUCGCAUAAAGUACUGUGAUGUCAUCUGGAAGUUUAUUAUGCUGAUAUUGGCAAUUGGAGCAGUCGCGAUAAUGUUCAACAAUAUGGAACUCAAUGGAGUGCAUUAUGAACAAGAUGUAAAGCCUAGCAUGGGAUCUAACAUAACCUUUAAUGACGUUAAAGGUGUUGAUGAGGCAAAAGCUGAGCUGGAAGAAAUUGUUCAUUGUUUUCGAGAUCCUGAGCGAUUUACUCGUCUAGGAGCCAAGCUUCCAAAAGGCAUUCUACUUGCUGGGCCACCAGGAACAGGUAAGACUAUGCUAGCCAGGGCUUUAGCAGCUGAAGUUGGUGUGCCCUUCUUCUCAUCUAGUGGUCGUGAGUUUCAAGAUUAUAAGCGUGAGGGAGCAAGGAGGGUCAGGAAACUUUUUUCAGCGGCAAAGAAGCAGUCGCCUUGUAUUAUAUUCAUUGAUGAAUUAGAUGCUAUUGGAGGAGCUCGCAGCUCAAAUGAACCACAGCAAAUGAGAAUGACUUUGAAUCAGCUGCUAUUUGAAAUGGAUGGCUUCAAACAAAACGAAGGAAUAGUUGUGCUUGCUGCAACCAAUUUUCUGCAGUCAUUGGAUAAGGCACUGAUAAGGCCUGGACGGUUUGACCGUCAUGUUGUUGUUCGCAAACCUGAUUUUGAAGGAAGGCGGCAAAUCCUGGAAGUUCACAUGUCCAAGGUACCAAGGGAAGGUGAUGUUGAUCUGACAAUCAUUGCCAGAGGAACACCUGGGUUCUCUGGGGCUGAGCUUGCUAAUUUGGUCAAUUCUGCUGCUUUCAAAGCAGCAAUUGAUGGUGCUGAAGAAGUGGCAAUGGCCCAUUUGGAGUAUGCUAAAGACAAGAUCAUCAUGGGAACUGAACGGAGAUCUGCCAUGAUAUCUGAAAAGCAUCGCAAUCUGACUGCUAUUCACGAAAGUGGGCAUGCAAUAGCAGCUAUCCACGUUGAUGGAGCCCUCCCAGUUCAUAAGGUAACGAUUACUCGACGAGGGAACUCUUUUGGCAUGGUUGCUCUGUUACCAGACAAGGAUGAGAUAAACAUCUCAAAAAAACAGAUGUUUGCUCGGGUUGUUGUUUCUAUGGGUGGUCGUGCUGCAGAGGAAGUCAUUUUUGGAGAAGAUGAAGUUACUUCAAGUGCAUCAUCUGACUUUGAGCAGGCAACCGCCCUGGCAAUAGUAAUGGUGACAGAGUAUGGCAUGAGCAAGGAAACUGGGCUUGCAUACCUUAACUAUGAUGAUGAUGCAACAAAAUUGAGCCCUGAUAGUAGACUUGUUAUUGAGAAAGAAGUGAGGAAGCUUCUUGAAAAGGCUUACAGUACAGCAAAAAGAAUUGUGACGACUCAUAGGAAGGAGCUUAGUGCUCUAGCUAAUGCCUUGUUGGAGCACGAGACUCUUACGGGAAGUCAGAUCGAGGCCCUGCUUUCUCAGAAGCUGUAGCUGUGGAUUUAAAUACUCAGGUUUCUGGCAAUUCAAUAUAGACAUUGAAACUCUGUUUUUGGCAGCUAAAAUUUGAAUUGGCGUGAUUCUGCAAGAACUUAUAUCAAGCUGUGAUGUUAGAUAAGUAGGGAGGAUUUGCUUACAGCAUUGAUUGCGAAAGUCACAAUGGUUUCGAAACAUAAAUCAUACAUAUAUUGACUUGUCAGUUUUAUGUGAGAUUCUUGCAGUUAUUUUAUUAUAUAGUUUUUUUGUGUU